UCCAGGACGCUCCGGGAGGCCGGGUCCGCGCCGCCCGCGGGACGGCGGCGGGCAGGCGUGUGACGCGGCGGCCACGGCGGAGCGGGGAGCAGGACUUGGAAAGAGACGCCCGCCCCUCUCACGCUGAGGGGAGGCGUUCGCGUUCCCCCAGAUGAGAAAGAGCCACAAGAAAUCAUGAAGUAAAAACUUUGGAGAGCUGCCACUGGAGAUGUCGCACAAAAACCUGGAAUCUUUUAGGAGUCUCCUCCCAGUCGCUGAAGGCUUGGGGAGCAGCUGAUUCGGCGAGGAGGGCUCUUGCGAGGAUUCAAGCAUUGAGGCCAUGACCGAGCAGUGCUGCCAUGAUGAUCUGCCCUAUCAAUACCACAGCUGCUGCCGACUUUGGGAAAAGAUGCAUGCUUUGCUUCUUUGAGGAGGGAUAUGAUCUGAAAAGGUGCAGAACAUGUAGACUGUGACAUGUUGGGGGAAAGGAAGCAAAUGUCAGAACAUAGUCUUCCCUGCUGGAGGGCAGCUGGCUGCAAACUGUUGGACAGCUGGCUGCACAUGGAGAAGACAGGAGCAUCCUUGACUCUUGCUUCCCUCUCCUCACCCAACACGGAGCUGGCUUUGUCUCCCAGAAUGGAGUGAUGUGUGCUGCAGUGUGGGCACAGGAGAGGAGCUCCGAGUUCCGGAGGAGCGGCGCGGAGGGGGAGCGCCUGGCGAGAGAAUGAGGAGACCAGCCGCACGGGGGAAGCAUGAGGCGGCAGCGCGGCUCUCGGCGUAGAGGGCUCCGGCCGGCGGCCCCGUGGGCGGCCCUGCUGGCGCUGGGCCUGCCGGGCUGGCUGUGGGCCGUCUCGGCCCCGGCGGCCGCGGCCCCCGAGCAGCAUGCCUCCGCGGGGCCCGGCCCGCACCCGCUGGACUGGCUGCUCACAGACCGGGGCCCCUUCCACCGCGCGCAGGAGUACGCCGACUUCAUGGAGCGGCACCGCCAGGGUUUCACCACCAGGUACAGGAUCUACAGGGAGUUCGCUCGUUGGAAAGUGAACAACUUGGCUCUAGAAAGGAAAGACUUCUUCAGUUUGCCAUUGCCUCUCGCCCCAGAGUUUAUCCGGAACAUCCGCCUUCUCGGAAGGAGACCCAACCUGCAACAGGUUACAGAAAACCUGAUCAAAAAGUACGGCACUCAUUUCUUACUUUCUGCCACCCUUGGAGGGGAGGAGUCCCUGACCAUCUUCGUGGACAAGCGGAAGCUGAGCAGGAGGGCGGAGACGGCGGGGGCCGCCUCGGUCGCGGGCGGCGGGAACGGCUCCGUGUCCCUGGAGACGCUGCACCAGCUGGCGGCCUCCUACUUCAUCGACCGGGAGAGCACGCUGCGCCGGCUGCACCACCUGCAGAUCGCCACGGGCGCCAUCAAGGUCACAGAGACCAGGACUGGUCCUCUGGGCUGCAGCAACUAUGACAAUCUGGACUCAGUCAGCUCUGUCCUGGUGCAGAGUCCAGAGAACAAAGUGCAGUUACUAGGCCUGCAGGUGCUGCUGCCCGAGUACCUGCGUGAGCGCUUUGUGGCCGCAGCACUCAGCUACAUCACGUGCAGCUCUGAGGGGGAGCUCGUCUGCAAGGAGAAUGACUGCUGGUGCAAGUGCAGCCCCACCUUCCCGGAGUGCAACUGCCCCGACGCCGAUGUCCAGGCCAUGGAGGACAGCCUGCUGCAGAUCCAGGACUCCUGGGCCACUCACAACCGGCAGUUCGAGGAGUCAGAAGAAUUCCAGGCUCUGCUGAAGAGGCUGCCUGAGGACCGGUUCCUGAACUCCACGGCUAUCUCCCAGCUCUGGGCCAUGGACACCAGCCUCCAGCACCGCUACCAGCAGCUGGGCGCCAGCUUGCAAGUGCUGUUCAGGAAGACCCAUCGGGUCGUCCGCCGGCUCUUCAACCUGUGCAAGCGCUGCCACCGGCAGCCUCGCUUCCGCCUGCCCAAGGAGAGGUCCUUGUCCUACUGGUGGAACCGAAUCCAGUCCCUUCUCUACUGUGGAGAAAGCACCUUCCCUGGCACCUUCCUGGAACAGAGCCACAGCUGCACCUGCCCCUAUGACCAAUCUUCCUGCCAGGGCCCCAUCCCAUGUGCCUUGGGCGAAGGGCCUGCCUGUGCCCACUGUGCUCCAGACAACAGCACACGCUGUGGCAGCUGCAACCCGGGCUACGUGCUGGCCCAAGGGCUGUGCCGGCCAGAGGUGGCUGAGUCCCUGGAGAACUUCCUUGGGCUGGAGACAGACCUGCAGGACCUGGAGCUGAAGUACCUGCUGCAGAAGCGGGACAGCCGCAUUGAGGUACACUCCAUUUUUAUCAGCAAUGACAUGCGUCUGGGCAGCUGGUUUGACCCUUCCUGGAGGAAGCGCAUGCUUCUCACCCUGAAGAGCAACAAGUACAAGCCCGGGCUGGUGCAUGUGAUGUUGGCUUUGUCCUUGCAGAUCUGCCUCACCAAGAAUAGCACCCUGGAGCCUGUCAUGGCCAUCUACGUCAACCCCUUUGGGGGCAGCCACUCUGAGAGCUGGUUCAUGCCCGUGAACGAGGGCAGCUUCCCUGACUGGGAAAGGACUAACGUGGAUGCAGCUGCCCAGUGCCAAAACUGGACUAUCACCUUGGGGAACAGGUGGAAGACCUUCUUUGAAACAGUCCAUGUUUACCUACGGAGCCGAAUCAAGUCCCUGGAUGACAGCUCCAAUGAGACAAUCUACUACGAGCCCCUAGAAAUGACUGAUCCCUCCAAGAAUUUGGGCUACAUGAAAAUCAACACCUUGCAGGUGUUUGGCUACAGCCUUCCCUUUGACCCGGAUGCUAUCCGGGACUUAAUUCUCCAGUUGGACUACCCAUAUACUCAAGGUUCCCAGGACUCUGCACUCUUGCAGCUCAUUGAGCUCAGGGACCGGGUGAACCAGCUUUCUCCACCUGGCAAAGUCCGCCUUGACCUCUUCUCCUGCUUGCUCCGGCAUAGGCUCAAGCUGGCCAACAAUGAGGUGGGCAGGAUCCAGUCCUCCCUGAGGGCUUUCAAUUCUAAGCUGCCAAACCCUGUGGAGUAUGAGACGGGCAAACUCUGUAGCUAAUGGGGGUCCCGCUCCAGCUCUGGGUAGAGAGGGACCCGUGGACCUGAGACAUGAAGACAACCCAGGCCUCACUUUAGUGCCAACAGGGCACUCCCAUGAGACUUGCCGCACUCAGCAGACGGGACCUGGAGGCUUGGACUGAAGCAGGCGGAGGAGAAAGAAUCAGCCACUGCGCACGUGCACCCUUGUGCGCGCACGCACGUGCACACGCACACACACGCACGCGCACACACACACACGCGCAUACACACACACACACACACUUGCGUGGGGAGGCUGCGACUCAGCAGCCCCAGGUCUGUGAAGUCGGUGCUUUCUGAAGUGGACGGAGGUGGACCAGAGGAGCCUGGGAAGAGAUUAAGGAAAAGAACCAGCCAAACCACGAAACAAACACAAAUCCUUCAAAGGGAUUCUUCUCAUUCAAGAAAACAAGAGGGGACAAAAGUGGGAGGGGUGGGAGCUCUUCCUCCCCUCGGUGGAGUCACUUUUGUAUUCUUUUUAACCAGAUUUCUUAAAACGUCCUUGUUUUGUGAA